AUGGAACUAUACUCUCCAGAAGGUCUCAGAGUAGACGGUAGAAGAUGGAAUGAACUGAGAAGGUUCUACUGUCGUAUAAACACCCACCCAAUUGUAGCAGAUGGGUCUGCUUAUGUGGAAGCUGGAAAUACAAAAAUUGUGUGUCUACUCAAUGGUCCCCAUGAACCUACGAGGUCUCAAAUGAACACCCAAAAGGGAUCACUAGACAUCAAGUUGCAUGUAUCACCCUUCAGUACAACAGAAAGAAGGAAAGUCACACGUAAUGACAGAAGAAUCCAAGAACUAAGCACUAUUUUGAAGAAUACAUUCGAACAAGUGGUGAUUUUGAAGAAUUAUCCUCGCACAAUAAUUGAAGUUAACGUCAGAGUACUGGCCCAAGAUGGUGGAUUACUAGCUGCUUGUUGUAAUGCUAUAACAUUAGCUUUGGUAGAUGCCGGGAUUGCUCUUUACGAUUAUAUAUCUGCCGUGUCGGCCGGCGUGUUUGAUAACCAAAUCCUGUUAGAUUUAAACAGAUUAGAGGAGCAAGAUCUGUCCUCUGUAACAAUCGGAGUCGUUGGUAAGACCAAAAAGCUGUCAUUAGUACUGUCGGAAACCAGGCUACCACAGGAUAGACUGGCUAAGGUUUUCGAAGUCGCUGUGAAUGGAUGUCAUCAAUUGAAAGACCAAAUGGAUGCGCAAGUUGCAAAAAAAGGAAGGGAGAAGGCCAUCACGGAAGAAUUGAAAACUAACUGGGUGCAGUGA